AUGACUGAGGAGGAUGUUGAGAUAGCUUCAUCUUUUCAGGCCAUAGGAAACACCACUUCGCUCCGCUCCUCGUGUGGUUCUGGUGGUAACUAUUGUGGGAGUAGUGCUACACAUAUGACCGAGUUGCCGAAUCGCUAUCAUCUUGAUCCCCGUAUGCUGUUCACUCCGGCUCAGUCACAAUGGACGCCGACCCGUUUGAGCUCACCGUUCUGUGUACUCAGUGCAUAUGACUUUCAGGACGAUUUUUACAUCAACACACUUUCCUGGGGACAUGAGCAAAUCGCCCUGGCACUUCGUCACGAUCUUCUUUUUUUCCAUCCAGCCUCGCCUCGCCAGAGAUCUGCCACCAUAUGCGUCUCAGACAUAGACCCUGCUAAAGGAAACGAUGCGUCUGGAAGCCCCAGCAAUACGUCUAGAAGGCAACCAACGGCGGUGGCGGUUUGCCGACACAACGAUGAAAGCUGUUUCCUUGGCCUUUCCGGCGGUGGUGUUGAGCUUUUUCAAUGCACGGAGCACGGUAGCCUUGCCCGCACUAAUGUCUUUACGAUGCCGCCAUCGCCAUAUGAAACAUUAGCGGCCGGUAUGAGGGCGCCUUUGUUGCUUAACAAGCGCAUCGCUUUGUCGGAAGGGGUGUUAUUGUCAAGAGUGAGUAAGGCAUUGUCGGCGUCCAUGUCGUCUGUUUCGAGCGUAUGCGGGAUUGCCACUUCUGGUACUCAUCCAUGGCUCGGGGUAGUUGCCACGGCCGGCGGUGAGUUGCUUACCCUGGAUGCGCGGUCUAGGAAUCCGUGCACGGUGUUCGGAGGGAAUUCUGGUCUUUCCAGGGCCUCCCUGGCUGGAGGUGAAGUGCCUGUUCAUCUUCCUCGUGCGUGUUGCAGCUACAGCCCACGUGGUGAUCCCGAGGAGCAAGACGCCUUGGCUGCUCACACCUUUGCUACCGCAGGGGAUUCUCUCCCGGCUGGACAAGCACUGAGGCGAGUGCAAUGGGCAUCGGACUAUCUUAAGCAUCACGAUCGUCUCUGCAGCGUGGCGUGGAGUGUCAAUGGCUCUCUAAUCGCCACGGGCAGUGAUAUGGGAACCGUAAAGCUCUGGUCCUUACAAAACCCUCGUUCGCCCGUGCAGGUAAUACCAUUUGACCAACACAGCACGAUAAAGGCACUAUGCUUUCAUCCACACAACCCGUACGAGCUGCUAAUUGGUGGGGAUGCCGGAAAUUCUGGACUUCGUGUAUACAAUGUGUUGACAGUGGAACCGCAGCUUAUGUGGUCCACUAAUACCACCGCUCAGACCACACAAGCGCAGUACUCGCCGGAUGGAGGGUAUAUAGUGACUGCGCAGGGGACCUGUGCGAGUUCCCCCACAUUGCCUGAAAUGAUGGCUGAGGGCGUAAACGAUGAAAGUCGGACGACAUCCAGUAUGGCUCACAGCUAUCGCGGGCCACAGCUUCAAUUUAACUUUGCGGACGACAGCAUGGAGGAGGAUCCAGAGGUGUGCGAUCGUAACCUAGGGAGGACAGGGGGAGGGAACCAGGGGAUGGGGUGGUUGGGAACCGCGCCUCGUCCUGGCGCGGCGACGCGUCAACAGGCCCCACCGUCCUAUUCUCUCGUGGUGUGGCGCAAGCCUAAGCGCGAUUCUGUCGAGUUAUGCCCCUGCAAUCUCCUUUCUCGUGAGGAAAAGGCCAUUCACAGCCCCAGUUCCUCAAUGGACCAACCCCACCGGCAUUGCCGUUUGUAUGGCAAAACCGCCGAGACGUCACUGCCGUUGCACUUUCAGUAUGCCAUGGUGGGGCAUCGUGCACGGCCACUCUUAGCUUGCCCAUUUUCACCCUCCAGCUAUGAGGGCUGCAUGGCCUCUGUCGCGGGCGGGGGUGACAGCAAUAUUAGAUUUUGGCGAGUGUUUCAGAAGACUAAUCGGCCAGGGGGCCGUUACGGGUCCAUUGAGGAGACCUCUUCCCGCGCGCUGCGUUCAUGCAUCGAUCGUGACCAUCAGGGAGAUGUUCGGGAGCUGAGAUAG